GUGGUGUGCUUCUGAAUGUUAUGUCUGCUCUUCUAAAAGAGAAAAGCUGUGGGAAAGUGUAGAAAACUCUCCGAAGCUCCGAAGAACACAGGCCACACAGUAUGACCCUCCACUUUCCUACGCAUGGUGACAGGGGCUGAGGUUGGCCACACAUUUUUGUGUGUGUGUGUGGGCCUGUGUAUCACACUGUGUUGAGGAGUAUUUACCUACAGCAGGGAGUGUCUGGUCUCCCCUCCAGCCUAGAGGGAGGCUGUGGUUUGUGCGCCCUUCGUGUUCCGGAUGCAGAACAUCCUCGAUCAAAACUUAGACAUGGCCACAGCUCUACUCGCCGGCGAGAAGCUGAAGGAGCUGAUCCUGCCCGGCUCCUCUCAGGAUGAGAAGGCUGGGGUACUGGCCAGUCUCAUGGUGCAGCUAAAACUGGAGCUGCCCUUUGAUCGAGUUGUUACUAUAGGGACUGUCAUCAUCCCCAUCCUGUUGGUCACCCUCGUCUUCACAAGGAACUUUGCAGAGGAGUCCAUAUACUGUUACACACCACACAACUUCACCAGAGACCAGGCACUGUAUGCAAGAGGCUACUGCUGGACAGAACUUCGGGAUGCUUUACCUGGCGUGGAGUCUCACCUUUGGCCUUCACUCUUUGAACACAAGUUCCUGCCCUACGCCCUGCUGGCCUUUGCUGGAAUCAUGUACAUUCCUGCUUUGGGCUGGGAGUUCAUGGCCUCUACACGGCUCACUUCAGAGCUCAAUUUCCUGCUUCAAGAGAUAGAUAACUGCUAUCAUCGUGCUGCUGAGGGCCGAGCCCCAAAGAUCGAGAAGCAGAUCCAAUCCAAAGGACCUGGCAUAACUGAGCAGGAGAGGAGGGAGAUCAUAGAGAAUGCAGAGAAGGAGAAAAGCCCCGAGCAGAACUUGUUUGAGAAAUAUUUGGAGAGACGAGGUCAAAGUAACUUUCUGGCUAAGCUUUACCUGGCACGCCACCUGGCUAUAAUCUGCCUCAGUUCCAUCCCCAUUUCCUACCUGAGCGCCUACUAUGCCCGCCAAAGGCAGAAUGAGUUCACCUGUGCGCUGGGUGAGCCCCCAGACAUUAGCAGCUAUGCAGAGCUGAAGCUCAGGGUCAACUGUAAGCUGCCUGCAGUGCAGCUACAGCGCAUCAUGGCAGUAGUAGAUAUUUCUCUGCUUUGCACCAUGAACCUUAUCAUCCUGGUUAAUUUGUUGCACUUGUUUGUGGUGCGGAAGUCCAACUUUGUAUUUGAUAAACUGCAUAAAGUUGGUAUUAAAACACGGCGUCGCUGGCAGAAGUCCCAGUUCUGUGACAUCAACAUACUGGCCAUGUUCUGCAAUGAGAACAGGGACCACAUCAAGUCGCUCAACAGGCUGGACUUCAUCACCAAUGAAAGUGACCUCAUGUAUGACAAUGUGGUCAGGCAGCUGUUGGCUGCACUUGCACAGUCCAACCAUGACGCUACACCCACUGUGAGGGACUCUGGGAUACAAACACUUGAUCCCAAUAUGGAUCUUGGAGUGGGAGAGAUGGGUGAGCCGCUAGUCAUCAAACGGCCCCGCAAGAAAAUUAAAUGGAUCCCAAGCUCAAAUCCUCUUCCUCAGCCGUUCAAGGAACCUUCUACCCUGACACGUCUGGAAAAUAACACCAAGUCUGAAAAACCCAAACCAGUCAGACGAAAGGCUGACAACUUCAUUGCACCACUUCUGGAUACCAAGAGCACACAAUAUCCUACAACAAAAGAUGUAAGUGGGAUGGAGAAAAAGCACACUCGCAACUUCUCUCUGGAUGUCCACCCAUACAUGCUAACCAUUCGUAAGCCCAAGGUGGAGACCACAAUCGCACCCACAGAGCACAACAUGGAUGCAGUCUACCUUGAAGGCACACACACUAUUGUUCAUGUGUCUGGCGCAAUUACAGAAACUAAGGUUUGUUCUCCAGAAGCGACCAACACUGCCUUUUCUACAGUGACCCUGCCCACCUCUAGUUACGUAAACGGCGUGAGCCCGAACCCUCCCUCCAGCGAGGACCCCCUCAGUCCCAAGUCCUCUCCUGCUCAAAGGGAGCCCCACACCCAGACGGAAAAUCCUGAGUGUCCGCCACCACCCCUGACCAGAGCCCCUACGCACCAGCUGCUGAGUAUACAUCACACUCUCUUUGAGGAAGAGGAGGAUGAAGAAAACCGUAGAGACAGACUGGCACAGAGACCUGGGGAGCUCAUUGCCGCUGGGGAAUGUUGAAGAAGGGGGAAUGCUGACCGAGAUUUCCUUCCCCGACACUACACUCUGCGCACACAACCACCAUGUCAAUCACCUCCUAUCA